CCUGUCUAGCGUCAUGGACCAAAUUUGUUACUCAUCCGACUUGCGGAAGCGGAAAGUGUGUGAUCUUCGGUCUAUUCCUCCUUCACCGACACUUCCUGUCUUCCGGUGGGAAUUUUCAAGGAAAAAAUAGAGAAUCUUAUCAAUAUUGUGUUUAAUUAAGUUUCAUGGACCAUUACAAAGUUCUAGGUUUGCAAAGGAACGCUACCAAAGAAGAAAUCAAAGCGGCAUUCAAGAAAUUGGCUUUUCAGUGCCACCCAGACAAGCAUUCUCAAUCGCCCAGGGCCGUCAGGGACAAUGCGACUCUAAGAUUCAAGCAAGUCUCCGAGGCUUAUGAGGUGCUCAUGGAUGAUCGGAAGCGUGCGGACUACAAUAUACGAUCGCGGGCUGGUGCUAGCAGAAGUGGUUUCUCUGCUGGUGGGAGUAGCGGUUACAACUAUUAUUCUUAUUAUAGUUAUAACUAUGGUAGGAACGGGAGCACUCACAAUUACAAACCUAGAUAUAAAUCUGGGUACGGCUUUAGUGCUGACGGCAUGACAUCCAAGUUUGAGUCUGCUUUUCGGUUUCUGAGCACACGAGCUUUUCUUCUCAAUCUUGGUUUUGCAGGAGCUUUCUUAGGGGCAAUUGUUAUUAUUGAUUCAAGCAGAGAAGCCAUAUGGAAGAUGCAAAAUUCAGGGAAAUCAUUUGAAGAAGCUAUGGAGACAAUUCAGAAAGCGAAAGGCGAGAGACGAUGAGAUAAUACGAAGAAGAAAGUCUGCUAUCUUUGAACUAAAAUGUACAUAAUCUCUAAAUACCAAAGGUGACAUGUGAUUAUUCAGAAAGCUGGUUUUUAAAGUGUAUAGUGAAAGUCUGAAAGUUAUGCUGACCAUUAUUUGUAGAGGGUGUUGAGACCCCGCCCCCAAACAAACGAGCUCAUUGUUCGAAAUGAUGAGAAGGUAUAGGUAUCUAUAUCAAUAUAGAAUUGAGCUUUUUAGAA